GGGCGGCCUUGGUUAUAGUGACCAUGAGAUUGUAGAGCUCAGUACUGAAUGAAGAGGUAGCAGGACAAUGAGCAAGAUUGACCGUGGACUUCAGCAGAGCUAACUGUAGCCUCUUUAGGGAUCUUCUUGGAAGAAUCCCAUGGGAGCAGGCCCUGCAGAGAAGAAGGGUCCAAGGUUGGUAUUCAAUUCCUCCAGGCUCAAGAAUGAUGCAUCCUAAUGAGGAAGAAGUCAGGCCAAGGGUGCAAGAAAUCUAUGUGGAUGAAUAAAGAACUCCUGUUGUUACUUACGUACAAGCAUGAAAUACACAAGAAAUAGAAGCAGGGUCAGGCUACUUGAAGUGAAUAUAGAGAGAUGGUCAAAGUAGAAAUUGAGACUAGAAAGGCCAAGGCUCAUCUAGAAUUAAAUCUGGCCAAGGAUAUCAAGGAUGACAAAAAGGUCUUUUUCAAAUACAUAAAAAAAGGAAAACAAAGGACAAUGUGGGCCCAUUAAUGGGAGAAGGACCCUGAUAACAGAGGAUGCAGAGAAGGCAGAGUUCUUUGCAUCAGUCUUUACUGAUAAAACCAGCCCUCAGGAAUCUCUGACCCAGGAGAGCAUGUUGGGAGGAAGACCUUCCCUUGGUCAAGGAGGAUUGGGUCAGAGAACACCUUAACAAACUUGACAUCCACAAGUCAAGCCCUGAUGGGAUGCAUCCAUGAAUGCUGAGAGUGUUGGCGGACAUCAUAGCCAGGCCACUCACAAUCAUCUUUGAAAGGUAAUGGAGAUCAGGAGAUGUGCCUGAGGACUGGAAGAAAGCAAAUGUCACUCUAGUCUUCAAAUGGAAAAGAAGUAGGACCUGGGAAACUACUGGCCAGUCAGCCUCACCUCAAUCCCGGGAAAAGUGAUGGAGUGCCUUAUUCUGGAGGCCAUCUCUACCCACAUGGAAGACAAGAAGGUGAUCAGGAGUAGUCAGCAUGGAUUCACUGAAGCCUCAUGACUUUGACGAAUGCAGAUUUGAUAUUAGUGUAAACGAUAGUGUUUGGUACCUCCGAGCUCAGGACCCAGACCACAGACAACAGUGGGUAGAUGCAAUAGAACAACACAAGACUGAAUCUGGCUAUGCAUCAGAGUCAAGUUUGAGACGCCAUGGCUCCAUGGUGUCUCUUGUUUCUGGAGCAAGUGGAUACUCUGCAACAUCCACCUCUUCAUUCAAGAAGGGCCAUAGCUUACAUGAGAAGCUUGCAGAAAUGGAAACCUUUAGAGACAUCUUGUGUCGACAAGUUGAUACUUUACAGAAAUACUUUGAUGCCUGUGCAGAUGCAGUUUCCAAAGAUGAACUCCAGAGGGAUAAAGUGGUAGAAGAUGAUGAAGAUGAUUUCCCUGUGAUGCGUUCCGAUGGGGAUUUUUCAUAUAACAGUAACAGCAGUAAGGAAAAAUUGUUUCCACAUGUGACACCCAAAGGAAUUAAUGGCAUAGACUUUAAAGGAGAAGCUAUAACUUUCAAAGCAACUACUGCUGGAAUCCUUGCUACACUCUCUCAUUGUAUUGAACUCAUGGUGAAACGGGAAGAAAGUUGGCAAAAAAGGCUAGAUAAGGAGAUAGAGAAAAGGAGAAGAAUUGAAGAAGCAUACAAAACUGCUGUGACAGAACUGAAGAAAAAGUCCCACUUUGGAGGGCCAGACUAUGAGGAGGGUCCGAAUAGUCUGAUUAAUGAAGAAGAAUUCUUUGAUGCUGUUGAAGCUGCUCUUGAUAGACAGGAUAAAAUGGAAGAACAGUCCCAAAGUGAAAAGGUCAGAUUAUACUGGCCAAUAUCCUUACCUUCUGGAGAUGCAUAUUCUGCUGUGGGUACUCAUAGAUUUGUCCAAAAGGUGGAAGAAAUGGUACAAAACCAUAUGACAUAUUCCUUGCAAGAUGUAGGAGGAGAUGCCAAUUGGCAGCUAGUGGUAGAAGAAGGAGAAAUGAAGGUAUACAGAAGAGAGGUGGAAGAGAAUGGAAUAGUUUUAGAUCCUUUGAAAGCAACGCAUGCUGUUAAAGGGGUAACAGGGCAUGAAGUUUGCCACUACUUCUGGAAUGUUGAUGUUCGUAAUGACUGGGAAACAACAAUUGAAAAUUUCCAUGUUGUGGAAAAUUUAGCUGAUAAUGCCAUCAUCGUUUAUCAGAUGCAUAAGAGAGUGUGGCCAGCUUCUCAAAGGGAUGUGCUGUAUUUGUCUGCCAUCAGAAAGAUACCAGCAUUCAGUGAAAAUGAUCCUGAAACAUGGAUUGUUUGCAAUUUCUCUGUGGAACAUGACAAUGCUCCUCUGAACAAUCGCUGUGUCCGUGCCAAAAUAAAUAUUGCUAUGAUUUGUCAGACUUUAGUAAGCCCGCCAGAGGGGAACAAGGAAAUAAGCAGGGACAAUAUCCUAUGCAAGAUUACAUAUGUAGCUAACGUGAACCCAGGAGGAUGGGCACCAGCAUCAGUGUUACGGGCAGUGGCAAAACGAGAAUAUCCAAAAUUCUUAAAGCGUUUUACAUCAUAUGUGCAAGAGAAAACAGCAGGAAAGCCUAUUUUAUUCUAAUAU